GAUGAGAGAAUAGUCUUACCAAAUUUCGCAUUCGCGAAAAACCUCAGGGGGGAUAUCCGCCCCCCGUCGGUGCGCGUGUUAAAGGAAAAGGGCCACCUUUAACAUGGGGAUUGAAACUGAGAUAGCCAUCUUGUAGCCCGUGUCCGAAAACCUAUCUGUCGUCCUCCUUACGGCCGAUUUCGGCCUCCAUUCGUAGUUAUCGGCAAUUUUAAAAGAAAAUACGCCAGGAAUGCGUCCUUAUCCCAGGAAUGCGUUCUUAUCCGACAAUACAGCCACCCGCGGCGAGGCUUUGGUUUUUUACCAAUCAGCUCCAACCAGCUCAGCUUUAACCAAUCAGCUUAUCUGACACAAUCCGACGAGUCUGUCUUCUGAACGCUGAUUGGCUUGAGUGUGACGUCAUCGCUAUGCCAUCAUACAGUAGGUGCCUUAGAGAGUAUCAACAUAGUACCAAUAUGUUAAAUAGUUUUAAAUACUUUUUCGCGAAUUGUGCACUUCUGGCACCAGUUUUAAAAAGAAAAUGAAAAAUAAUAAUGUCAAAAUGAAAAACAACGAUAUCAUCAUAUUUUACGAAGGUGGCCCUUUUCCUUUAAGACGAGAGCAGCUUGGUACGCCGUACGCCACCUUUCUGCGUCUGCAACCUUUCUGUAUGCAGCCCUCCCUUCCAUUGCUCCGAGCUAGCAUCCAAUCGGCUCCGGUCACCGUGCGACGGUUACAUAACCGGUGGCCAGUUCCAGGCCCAGCCCCGUCCCGCUCCUCUGUCCGGUCCGCUCCAGGCUCCAGCCGCCGGUCCAGUCGCUGCCGGGACCUUGGCGGCGCUGGAGCGGGCACGGCGGUAGCACCGCGCUGGCCGCCGCCGUCGGCCUCCCUGUGUGCGCCCCUGACCGCCGCCGCCAUGCUGACCGCCGAGGACAGUGUUUACAUGUUGGCGGCCGCCGGUGCCAGCGCCACUGUGCUGCAGCUGCCGUCGCUGCGAGCCGAUCCGCCGGAGGAAGCCGUGCCCCAGGGCCGAGAGAUGGGUGACGCCGCCGAGUUUCGCCACGAGCCGGCGCAGGGUGCCGACCAGAAGGCGCUCAGCCUGGCCUACCGGGAUCUGCGCGACGUAUCAAACUACGUGGCCGACCAGCAUGGCGCCACCAUCAAUUACCUGGACCUCAGUCACAACAAGAUCAGUAAUCUGCAGUUUCUGGUGCGGUUCGAGCGCCUGGCCACACUGGUACUGGACCACAACCGUCUGAUUUCGCAUAGCCUGCCGCCUCCGAUGCCGCAUCUCACCACGCUCUGGAUCAACCACAACAAGAUCAAGGAUCUACAGCCGUUCCUGCGGGCGCUGCGCUACAACUGUCCGAACCUCCGGCACCUGAGUAUGAUCGGCAACCCGAGCGUACCUUCGCUGGUGGGCGGAUCGUCACGCGGUGACCUCUAUCGGUACAGGAUCAUGGUACUGACGUACUUCCCGCGGCUGGCUAGCCUGGACCAGCAGCGCGUCGAGGCCUGGGAGCGACCCGACUCGGACACGCUGUGGGCCAAGGUCACCUCCCCGGAAAACUGGCGCGAGGUGCAGCGGAAGGUAUCCGUGACCGCCUCGGACGUGGCGGACAAGGUCUCCAGCACCGUCGGCCAGGGCUUCGACCGAGUGGCCACCUGGUGGGAGUCGCAGCGGACCGAGCGCGACACGCGGCAGCACGUGCCGCGAAACGUGAUGGUGUGAGACGGGACGUGAUUCAGCAGCCGUCGUCUGAGAUGGCAUGUGACCGAGCGCCCUAGGCCUGAGACAUCCCGAGGCAGCCCUCCCAUGCGAGGCUCCCUGCAGCCGAGUACCACGACUAAGCUGCUUCUAUCAGGCUGAGACUCCUGCCGGCAUCUGAUCGAGAUGUUCUCCCUCCGUCCCGAAUGACUCUCGUCCAGUCAGAGUGAAUUACGGACGUUGCCGUUAUCCAGUUCGACUGGUCUGCGCCACGACGAAGGCUGUACAAAAGCGCGCUUCGUAAUGUGCUGCGAGUGGAUGUCAGGGAGAGCUCGAAUUACUGCUCUUGCGGUCUGGUGUGCUAUCGUGGUUGAUGGUCUGAGAAUGGACCCAGUGGAUAAAAUGGUGGAUAAAUGGGUGUAUCUCGUACGUCAGUGCGUGCCUUGAAUCCGUGCUGCCAUCUGUGCUGUGUGAUGUCUUGAUCUUGAUAUAUGUUAGCCGAGAACCUAUUGUGCCAUAUUGAGCGUGAGUAAUCUAAUUGCAAUAUCUGUAUGUGAGUCAUGUAUAUUUGCCUCCUUGCGCCUAUGGUGUAUUUUAUAUCCCCUGAAGUACUUACUGGUGUCAUAUCCUUGCAUGCUAACAUUAGUGUAUAGGCUUGCAUUUCAUCACAGUUUAUCUAUUGAGUAGUGUAAUGUGAUUGUGUAUGUGAUAGGCUGAACUGUUCUAUGUCCGAUAGUAGACCGUGUCAGAGUAGCUAGUUAUCAUAUAUAUCGAGUAUGGCGGUGCCUUUUGCGUACUAACAUUCAGCUAUUGCGUCUUCCACAUUCCAGUCAGCCAGUGAUCAUGUUUAUCCCGUCGGCCGUUCACAAUACAAACAUAAUAACAACA